UGUAGUAGAAAAUAUGAAGACUAUGGCAACAUCUGCUACCGGAAACAAGCAGCAACUCAUAUGUUUCACAACCUGCUCAAAACUCAGCCAGCCAUCUUUUGUGGAAAAAUCAUUUGUUUCGUGUCAUCAGGGUAAAUUUCACAAUUGUAAUUAAUGUCAGAGCCACAGUCUUCGCUUUUAUUAAAAAAGCAGCUAGCUGAACUGAACAAAAAUCCAGUGGAAGGGUUUUCUGCUGGAUUGAUAGACGACAAUGACAUUUAUAGAUGGGAAGUGCUCAUCAUCGGACCUCCAGACACGUUAUAUGAGGGUGGAUUCUUCAAAGCACACUUACAUUUUCCAAAGGAGUAUCCUUUAAGGCCACCACGGAUGAAAUUUGUCACUGAAAUAUGGCAUCCAAAUAUUGAAAAAAAUGGCGAUGUUUGCAUAUCAAUAUUACACGAACCAGGCGAUGAUAAGUGGGGAUAUGAGAAGGCAUCAGAGCGAUGGUUGCCUGUGCACACAGUGGAGACAAUACUUAUCAGUGUCAUCUCUAUGUUAGCUGAUCCCAAUGACGAGAGUCCCGCCAAUGUUGACGCCGCGAAGGAAUGGAGAGAGCGAUAUUCGGAUUUCAAAAAGAAAGUUGCCAGAUGUGUUAGGAAAAGUCAAGAAGAUUGCUUUUAGGAGUGAGAGGGGAUUUUAGAACAUAAUGUUUACCUGAAAAGGGGCAUUGUAACACAACAUUAACAUAAGACAGCGUAUGAGGAAUUCCAUAUAACAUAGCAGCAAGCUCAUACACCUCGCAUGGACCUGCACAUACCCACAGUAGUAGAUGUGUCCGCUCAUUCUGU